AUGAGUGAUUUGUUUAAUAUACGUUCAUUCGUGGGAAAUCAAGUUGAUAAACUUUCAUCACCAAAAAAUAUUCUCGUGGAUAAAUUUCGGCAAACAGUUGAUAACAUUAAAUUACCAUUCUCAACAGGAUCUUCAACAACAACAACAAAUAAUAGCCAUGACCGCGUUGAUGAAUUAACAACUCAAGACUCAUUGUGUAUUAUACGUCCGUCGGAAUCUUCAUCAAAUUCAUCUGUAUCAUCAAACGAACAUAUUAUCAAUCAUUUACCUAUUUCACGUAAGUCAAUACCAAAUUCAAAUCAAUCGAUACCACCCAAUUCAAAAACUAUUUCAAAUAUCUUACCAACAUCAUCACCACUAUCAUCACCAAAAUUACUAACAAAUUUUAAAAUUUUAACUGAUCGUUUUACACAUCGUCAAUCUAUACUUCGUCGUCAUGUUUCAGAAUCGAAUCAAAUUGAUGAAACAGGAAUGAAAGAUAAUGAGGACAAGUCGUUGUCACAGCCUAUCUAUCAUAAUAAUCCUCCGGUGGAUGCAAAUUUCUCAUUAGAAAAUAAUCAUGACACGAACAAAUUAACUGAUGCAACAACAAAAUUUAUAGGCCGAUCACGUUCUCUUAUUCGACAAUCAACAGAUACGACAUGCACUUUUCCAAUACGAAAUCCUAUGCGUCGAAUGGAAUCUAUUGAAACAGUUGAAAUACCUGGUUUAAAUGGUGUUAAAUCUAUACGUUAUUUAAAUGAUAAUCUUGGUAAAUUACAACCAGAUCUCUAUAUGAAACAAACAUCACAGAGUGAUCCAACAUACGGUUGUGGUAAAAUAACAUUUACAGUUUUCUAUAAUCAACAAAUAACAUCGUUAAUAGUUACAGUUCUAUCGAUUGAAAACUUACCAUAUAGAGAUUUGAAUUCAAAAAUUUUACCAGAUCCAUUUAUUAAAAUUGUUUUGUUACCAGAUCGUAGAAAAAAAUUUCAAACGAAAGUUCAUAAACGAGCACAAUCCAUAGAGAUCAAUGAAACAUUUCAAUUUCAAAUUAGCUAUGAAGAACUGCGUCGAAGAAUAUUAUUAUUGUCUGUCUAUGAUUUUGGUCGAUCAACGAAAAGAAAAUUGAUUGGAACUGUGAAAAUCGAUGACGUUUCGAUAAUGCCUGAAAUAGCAUCAAACGAUGUGACAUGUAUAAGAAGUAUUGUUCCGGGCACCGAGAGCGAUCCUGAUCUUGGCGAGCUUACAGUAUCAUUAUGCUAUUUACCAAAUGCUAAACGCGUGACAGUUACAUUAGUUAAAGCGAGUGCAUUAAAACCAAUGGAUAUAACUGGCAAAUCAGAUCCAUAUGUAAAAGUAAUUUUAUUAAUUAAUGGAAAAAAAAUUCGAAAGAAAAAAACGUCUGUUCAAUCAAAUACACUUAAUCCAACUUAUAAUGAAAGUCUUGAAUUCGAUAUAGCCGUUGAAUCACUUGAAGACACGGAUCUUAUAUUUAAAGUAAUCGAUUAUGAUCGUGUCGGAGCAAAUGAAUUAAUUGGUUGCGUUGGUAUUGGUGUUCAUUUUGAUGGCAUUAAUUACGAUCAUUGGUAUCAAAUGAUAGAACAUCCGCGUGUACCAAUAACAGAAAGUUAUAAUUUACGUGAAACAAUACCAAUAAUUCCUUGCUCAAGUCCACGAACGCCUCAUAAAACAUUAAACUCAAACAACAUUUAA